AUGCCAACUCGCAAUCUUGAGCGCGGUUCACUCGGUUGUGACGUCAUUCCCAGCUCCGAGAUCCGAGUUCUGAGCAUGGAGGAUUUAUACAUAAUAGCUGCGAAAAAAGGAGUAAAAGGACAUACCAAAACAAAUGAAUCCCCUCCUGCUGCUCACCGUGUUGACUCAUGCUGCGGACCCUGGCUGAGACGGAUGAAGCUACUGGUGCCUGCAGACUACAAGAAUGAAACUUUUCGAUUUUUAAAACUAGCUGGGCCAGUGUUCAUUUCACAGUUGAUGAGCUUCUUGAUCGGCUUCGUCAGCAUGGUGUUCUGCGGUCACCUGGGGAAAACAGAGCUGGCAGGAGUGGCGUUAGCAAUAGCAGUAAUAAAUGUCACAGGUAUUUCCAUCGGCUGUGGUUUGGCAUCAGCAUGCGAUACUCUCAUAUCUCAGACUUAUGGGAGUGGUAACUUGAAACGUGUUGGAGUGAUACUCCAAAGGGGAGUUUUGAUUUUGCUGUUAGCUUGUUUCCCCUGCUGGGCCGUCCUCAUCAACACUCAGCCCAUCCUGCUGGCUAUCAGGCAGAGUGCAGAGGUAGCCAGACUGUCCCAGCUGUAUGUGAAGAUCUUUAUGCCAUCUCUUCCAGCUGCGUUCAUGUACCAGCUGCAGGGGAGGUAUCUUCAGAAUCAGGGCAUCAUAUGGCCUCAGGUGAUAGCUGGAGCCGUUGGGAAUGUUUUAAACGCAAUAAUCAACUACAUCUUCCUCACUCUCCUGGAUUUGGGGGUGGCUGGAUCAGCAGCUGCCAAUGCCAUCUCUCAGUAUACCUUGGCAGUUUUCUUGUUUGUGUACAUCUGCUCCAGAGGACUGCACAAAGCCACAUGGGACGGUUGGUCAAGAGACUGCUUGCAGCAGUGGGGUACUUUUCUCCACCUGGCCUUUCCUAGCAUGCUGAUGUAUUGUCUGGAGUGGUGGCUCUAUGAGAUCGCAGGGUUUCUGGCGGGCCUCAUCAGUGAGGUGGAGCUGGGAGCUCAGUCUAUAGUUUAUGAAGUGGCUGCUAUUGCUUACAUGUUUCCAAUGGGUUUCUCUGUGGCUGCCAGCGUUAGCGUUGGAAAUGCUCUUGGUGCGGGGAACACCAAGCAGGCCAAACUGUCCAGCAAGGUCUCCCUCAUCUGUACAUUUACUGCAUCCUGUUUCAUUGGAGCUUGUCUUGGUGUCUCUAAGGAUGUGAUUGGUUACAUUUUCACCACAGAGAAAGAAAUAAUCCAGAGGGUGGCUGAUAUCAUGAAGAUAUACUGUUUCAUUCACAUUGCUGAGGCAUUUGCGGCUGCAACAGGAGGUAUCGUCAGGGGGGCUGGGAAGCAAAUGAUUGGUGCUGUGUGCAACUUGGUGUGUUUUUACUUCAUUGGGUUCCCUAUUGGAGUAUCUUUGAUGUUCCCAGUCAAAAUGGGCAUUUUAGGGCUGUGGUUGGGGUUUUUAAUUUGUGUUGGGGUACAGUCCAUAUUUUUUACAGUUUUUCUGUAUAAACUAAAUUGGGAGAAAGCCACUGAGGAGGCGCUGGCAAGAGCAGGGGUCAAGAUUACAGAGAGGAUCGCAAUAUUUGUAAUAGAAAAUAAAGACUCUGAUGGGAAGCAGGCCCAAGUUACAGUCGGUAGAUCUGGUUCCUUGAGUCUUGAGACGCUCGAAGUACUCGGCGCAGGUCAACAAAUUUCCGAUGACGCAGCGCUAUCAGUCAGGCAGCUGGUGGUGCGACGUGGGCUCGCUGUGCUGCUCAUGCUCGUCAUCCUCGCCGCUGGAGUCUUCAUCAGUGAGCUGCUCAUCAGACUGCUCGAGUGA